AUGGAGAGUGGAAAGAUGUCUGAUCCUGUGGUGGAUGCUGCUGCUGCUGCUAUUUCUGAAUCCCAUGAAAAGAUCUCUGAGCAGGUGGAGGCUGCUGCUGCUGCUGUCUCUGAAACCCUAGAAGAGAAGAUUAAAGAAGCGGUUGAGAACCACGUUUUGUCGAAGGACGCUUCUUCUUCGAUACAGAAUGAAAUUGACAAACACAUCGGGUCAAAAAAGUAUCGCCUCUUCGGCCGCCAGAAGCCCGUUCACGCCGCCCUUGGCGGUGGCAAACCUGCUGACAUAAUACUUUGGCGAAACAAGCAGAUCUCAGCAGGCAUGCUUGCUAGUGUAACUGUCAUAUGGUUUCUCUUUGAGUGGAAUGGUUAUCACUUCCUUACUUUUGUGUGCCAUUCCCUAAUACUUUCGUUGGCAACAUUGUUCCUUUGGUCCAAUAUAUCAUCCUAUAUUAACAAGCCUUUGAACAUCCCUGAGAUUGUAUUGCCAGAGGACUUGUUCAAGCGUAGUGCUCUUUUUCUGAGGUGCCAAUUUAACCAGGCAUUCGCAAUGUUUAGGGAAGUGGCUUCAGGAAAAGAUUUGAAGAAAUUCCUUUAUGCAAUCACGGCCUUGUGGGUUAUCUCUGUUGUUGGCAGUUGGUUUGACUUUUUGACCCUCAUAUACAUCAUGUUUGUGAUGCUGCUGACACUACCCUUUCUGUAUGAGAUGAAUGAGGAUCCAGUGGAUGCUUAUGCUGAGAAGGCACACAAUGAAUUCAAGAAGCAAUACAAAGUGCUGGAUGAAACUGUUCUCCAAAAGCUCCCGAAAGUCCCUUUCACCAAGAGUAACAAGCAGCACUGAAAAUAAGAAAGAGCAAUCGCCAAAACUGGGCAGGCCCGUCUUCCGCCUGAUUCUGCAAGUUCUUUAGCUCACCAUUUCUUCUUACAUAAUAGUACAAGUAUUAUUAAUAUACAUUUGGUUGUGCUUCUCUGUUUUUUGAUCUGGGUGUUAACUAGACUACACUGUUUUUCUCUUCCUUCUGUUUAGUUUGCUUUCUCGAGCCUUC